AUCUGAUUCUCAGUCUAAAAAUGGACAAGAGUGACCUGGUGCAGAAAGCCAAGCUUGCCGAGCAGGCCGAGCGCUAUGAUGACAUGGCAGCCGCUAUGAAGGCUGUUACCGAGGGCGGCGUGGAGCUCUCCAAUGAAGAGCGCAACCUGCUCUCUGUGGCUUUCAAGAACGUGGUGGGCGCCCGUCGCUCCUCCUGGCGUGUGAUCUCCAGCAUCGAGCAGAAGACCGAGGGGAACGAGAAGAAGCAACAGAUGGCACGCGAGUAUCGUGAAAAGAUUGAGACGGAGCUGCAGGACAUCUGCAAUGAUGUGCUGGGUCUUUUGGAGAAGUUCCUCAUUCCCAAUGCUUCUCAGGCAGAGAGCAAGGUGUUUUACCUGAAAAUGAAAGGCGAUUACUUUAGAUACUUAUCUGAGGUCGCGUCUGGAGAAUCUAAGACCAUCACUGUUGAGAACUCUCAGAAGGCUUACCAAGAUGCUUUUGAGAUAAGUAAGAAAGAAAUGCAACCCACACACCCUAUACGGUUGGGUCUUGCCCUCAACUUUUCCGUUUUUUACUACGAGAUCCUCAACUCUCCAGAGAAUGCCUGUCAACUCGCUAAGACGGUUGGUAUCUCUUUAAACGCUA